AUGUCUCUCUUCGUUCUUGCCGAGACGCCGGCAGGCUAUGGCCUGUUCAAGGCUUCGGACAAGAAAAUGUUCAAGAAUGAGGACCUUGCCGCCGAACUCGGACGCCCCGAGAAACUGGUCGAAAUGCUUAAGCUGAAAAAGUUUGUCAAGUUCGACAGCGCUGCCAUGGCCCUCGAAGAAGCCGCCUCUCUGAAGGAAGGCAAGGUCCCACAGCUCCUCACGACUCUUUUGGAAGAUCUCAAGAGCGAGAAGAAGGCCUCGCUCGCCGUCGCCGACAUAAAGCUAGGAACCGCUAUUUCCAACUUGCCCCAAUUCAACAUCACACCUGUUGCUGGAUCCGAAACCAUGGAUUGCUUCCGAGGAAUUCGUGAGCACCUCUCGUCUCUUAUUCCUGGAUUGGAACAAGAAAUUGUCGAUCGCAUGUCCCUCGGUCUCUCCCACUCGAUGUCCCGCCAUAAACUCAAGUUUUCCGCCGACAAGGUCGACUCAAUGAUCAUUCAGGCGAUCAAGCUGAUCGAUGACAUGGACAAGGAGCUCAAUGUCUACGCUAUGCGAACCAAGGAAUGGUACGGUUGGCACUUUCCUGAGAUGGCCAAGAUUCUCAACGACAACCUGGCCUACGCUCGUGUUAUUCUCACCGUUGGUAUGCGAACCAACAUUGCCGACAGUGAUCUGUCUGAGAUCCUGCCCGAGGAAGUCGAGGUCGCCAUCAAGGCCGCCGCUGAAAUCAGCAUGGGUACUGAAAUCAUGGAGGAAGAUUUGGACAACAUCAAGCUUUUGGCCGAGCAGGUUAUUCGCUACUCCGAGUACCGUACCCAGCUUUCCUCUUACUUGGAGACCCGCAUGCGUGCUAUUGCCCCCAACUUGACUGCCCUUGUUGGCUACCUUGUCGGUGCCAGACUCAUCGCUCAUGCCGGAUCCCUCAUGAGCCUAGCCAAGGCCCCCGGUUCCACUAUCCAGAUAUUGGGUGCUGAGAAGGCUCUCUUCCGAGCUCUUAAGACCAAGCACGAUACCCCCAAGUAUGGUCUGAUCUACCAUUCUUCCCUCAUCGGACAGGCCACUGGUCGCAACAAGGGCAAGAUAGCCCGUAUGCUAUCUGCAAAGGCUGCUCUCGGCCUGCGUGUCGACGCCCUUGGCGGUGACGAUGACGAGGAAGAUGAGGAAGAGCGAGCCAUCCUCGGUCUCAGCAAUCGUAUCAAGUUGGAGAACCGCCUCCGAAAGCUCGAGGGCAAGCCCCCUCUGCCCAAGGGUGCCAACGUCGCCCCGUCUGGUGAGAUUGUCGGGGCUGGCGUAUUCACCCUCAAGGAGACUCGACGAUACAACACCGAUGCCGAUGGUGUUAGUGAGGAAGUCAAUGGUGAUACUUCGUCUAAGAAGGAAAAGAAAUCCAAGGACAAGAAGAAGCCGAAGAUCGAGGCGGUGGAGGAAGACUCAGACGACGAGAUGAAGGAUGCUGAGGAUGAUGAGAGUGAUAACGAUGCCACCACCCCUGCCAAGAAGGUCACCAAGCUAUCAAGCGAAGAGUAUGAGCGCCUUGCAGAAGCCGCCGGUCUCUCUGUCAAGAAAUUCAAGCGAAAGUAUGAGCGCGGCGACGUCCAGCUCAACGCUGACGGCACGCCCAAGGUCUUCAGCAAGAAAGAACUCAAGAAGCUCCGCAAGGCCGAGGCCGCCAGCCAAUCCACACCCUCAAAGUCCGCCACUGAGCCCUCUCCUGAAAAGAAGAAGAAGAGAAAGCUCGACGAAGAGGAGGAACAAGUCGAGCCAACCAAAAAGGACAAGAAGCAGAAGAAGAAGAAGCGCCACUCCGACGCCGAAUAG